AUGCCCAAGCAGGAGAAGCGCAUCAGCGUUAGGAAAAAGCGAGCUAUCCGGUUCGGCCGCCAAAUCAUCCGCGUCAAAGUUGCAGGCGGCGAGGAGUUCACUGUCCCCGAAGACCUCGUAUGCAGCAGAUCCUCAUUCUUCACGAAACAGCUACAGCCGAAGCGAAAGACUCUCAAGAAAGACAGUGAAUGCGCGAUCUGUACGGAAACGCUCGAGCACGAUAUACAGGAGCUCACUUACUGCGCUACGCAUUGUGGUAACAACUUCCAUCACAGAUGCAUCGAGAAGUGGAAGGUAGAGAAGCAGAGGACUCAUCAACCAGUCAACUGUCCCUUCUGCCGUCAAAGCUGGCCGAAUGACAUCGACGUCAUCGUAGUACACAGGUUUGCCAGUAUCGAUGCUGAUGCCUUCGCAAUCUUUCUUAAGUGGCUUUACUAUGAUCACAUCGCGGUCGAAGACCGGGAGGACGACAAUGGCAAAUUCGCCCCUGACACAGACAAACUUAUUGAGGCAUACGUGUUGGGACUCAAAUUAAAGAGCAGGAAGUUCUGUCGUGACGUUAUACAGGGAUUGGUCGAGCUAAGUAAAGACAUGGGUGAAUAUCCUGGCCCAGCAAGCAUCAGCCUCGCUUACAACGAAACACCGAAAGGAUCACUGUUGAGGCAAGUCUUGGUACAACUAUGGGCGGACACAGCGGACGCUGCCUGGCUUGAGAACGAUGAAACAGACGAGUAUCCCGCGGAUUUCUUGAAGGACUUGACAACAGCUCUGUUGAGGAAGUAUCGUGGUAAACAGAAGUGGGAUUUGGAAAUGGUGAUCAAAGGGCAAACGACGGAGGAUUCUAUCUUAGUUGAUGACUCAGAUGAGAACAGGUCACGUGAAGACGAGGAUCAAGAAAUGAGGGAAGGAGAAUGAGACAAAGGUGAAAUGUUAUGUCAGUGCGUACAGGGCACUUACGGUAUUUCGUAUUCUCUGAUGGCUGGUAUUGCGCCUGACAGAAUCGCAAUGAAGAUGGUGCACGGUGAGGGACGGGAUUUCGAGUGUAGGAUAUUGGGUGUUCACCGUGCCUUCA